AUGUUGCAGCUUUCACUCUUCAUAUGUCUUCUUCUCAGAUGCAGAAUUGCUUACAUUGACUUUAAAGAAGGCGCAGAGAAGGCGUAUGACCUUAAUGGUACUGAGUUCGGAGGAUGGAAUAUUCUUGUCGAUGAAGCUAAACCGAGGGAUAGCAGUGGCGGUGGAUUCAGUGGUGGUGGCGGUGGCCAUUUUAGUGGUGGCGGUGGUCGUUUUGGUGGUGGUGGAAGUAGCGGUGGUGGCAGAGGAAGAGACAAUGGUGGGGGCCGUGGAUUCAGCAAACCUAGUUACAUUCCCUCAGGCAAGAAGACUACCUUUGACGAUUAG